AUGUCGAAGGCAGCAUUCAGUACGACCAUGCUACCCCGUGGGUACGGACGAUGGUCCUCGCCUCAAUCUGGCGGCAUCUCAGCGGGAUGUGCGACAUGCAAACACUCUUCCACGGCGCUGUUAUUCAACCGUAGCGGCUGGUGGCGAAACAAAGCUGAUCCCGCUCUCGAAGAAGUCAAGCUACCACCGAGAUCGCCGACGGCCUUGCGGCUCCAAACGCCCGACGGCCGAAGCUUGCACCCCCGCCGGCGGCGUGCUGCCAAGCGCCCCAACAAGAACAACAGCCCCCUCACGGAUGCUCUCGACGGCGAGGAACGGCGUUCUAGGCAACGGCGACGGCGGGGAAUCGUCGGCAAUGCCGUCAAAUCGAGUGGGGAGUACGUCACGGUCAGGGUCAGGCGAACCAUCGAGGUCGAGGUGCCCCGCGGCUACCCCGUCAGCGAGAAGACGUGGACCGAGUUCAAGGCUGGGUGCAGCGUUACCUUCAACAAAAAAAUCCGGGCCGUGCUGUUGCCGUCGAAAGAGGAAAUCUACCCAACCGCGGCCUUGUGGGCUUCGUGCUUCUACUCCAGCAACGACUACAAGAUGCACAGAUUCGACAUCUCUGGAAAGGGGGGCGGCAAAGCGGAAUGGGUGGCGCUGCUGGAAGAGACUCGGCAGGUCGCUGCGGAGGGAAGGAAGGAGAACGAGGACGAGCAGGAGAAGGAGGACGAGCACCAGCACGAGCACCAGCACCAGCCGAACGAAUCUGCGGAAGCGGCGCGGGGGUCAGGAGACUGCCUCGACCAGCCUGAAACAAAGAAACUCGAGCAGGGCGAGGCGGGGGGAGGAGGGGAGGAAGGCGGCGCUGCUAGCGAUGGUGGCUCUGACUGCGCCGGCCAAAAGGAGAAACGGUCGCCAGUAGAAGCCGAAGCUUCCCCUCACCACCCCUUCGGCGCCCCGCAGGAAAAGGGAGGAGGAGGAGGAGGGGAUGCGAAGGGGGGCAGAAAGCUAACCGGUAUCAUCAUCAAUUCACUGAAGAAAUGGUUCAGGGAAUUAAUGCCACACGGGCUGCACGGGCGUGGUGGCGUGAACGUACACAUCGACUGGGUGGAGGUUCCACUCGCAGGCGGGAAGAAGUGCAUGUUGUAA